GAUGACAGCAGCUUUUGACAGUGAGCUCAGACAGCAGGAGCAUGAGUUCAAUAUAAAAAUAGAUGAGAUGUGCGCUCUGGUGCUGUCUCAUGAUCUCAAGGUGAAGCUGCUGUCUAAAGAGACUGAAGUUCACUGCCAUGCUCAGCAUCAGACUGCAGAGGCUCUUAAAGCUUCGAAGGAGUUCUGUCAGCAGAUACAAACCCAGCUGCAACACAAAGACCAGGAGAUCAAACACCUCACUAAUGUCAAGGACAACAAGAUAAAGGAGCUUGAGGACAAGCUGAAAGGGAUGGGGACCAUACUGAAGAAAGAGGAGGAUAAGCACAUUAAGAAAUAUGCAAAUGUGGUCCAGACUCUGAUGGAGUGUGAUGGGCAGCUGGAGGUUCAGUAUCAGGCCCUCACAGAGCAGCUGCAGAAGGCUGAGAGACACGUCAUUAAACUACAGGGGAGCAUAGACAUUCUGGCUGCACGUGUAUGCUGCAUACAGGAAGACCAUCAGGAGGCCAUGAAAGAGAAAGAUGAGACAAUCCAGAGCUACAAGCAGCAACUAAGUGUUGGUUUGAAGAGAGAGAGGGCCUUAGAACAGAUGCAAGUCCAGAUGGAGCUGGAGUGGCAGAGACGCUGUGAGGACAUGAAGGUGCAGUGCUACCUUGUGAAUGAGCAGCUAAUACAAGAUCUGACCAAGGCUCGAGACCAGGUUAAAGCAGAGCUGAAGGAGAAAGAACAAGAUCUGCAGGACUUGACUGUCUUACUACGUUCUGUUCAAACUGAGAGAGACCAGGCAGUACAGAACCGGAGUUUACCGAGGAGGAACUUCAUCAAAGAGAGAUGGAGAUGGAGCGUCCCACACCCGAGGGAUUGAAUGGGCAGCUGUCGGAGAGACAAUACCGACUGGUGGCAUAUAGAGUGAUUCUGGAGUGGGCCCUCAAGGGCCAACAACUUGGACGUGGAAAUCGAGUUGCACUGCCUAGUUGUGUGGUGUGGGCCAUCAGAGACGCGUUCCCAUCCCCCACUGUACAGUAUGCAGGAUUCACAGUGAGGGAGAUAGAGGAUUUAUUCUGACCAGCAAAAGCUUUUCAUUUUUUUUUGUAAAUAAAAUGCACAUCACACUGUAUUAAACUAUUUUCACACUGUAACAAAGGUAAAAAAUAAAGUGAGAAGUGAUUGAAGGAGUUUGUAAUUGUGCGGAUGCUUAGGUUUUCAAGUAUUGGUGUGGCUGGGGAAUCUUGUUUGAUGCUUUCUUAUUACUUCUUCCGUGGGGGGUCUUUGCUUACUGGCAAUGUUUGUAGGCUGCUGAACAUGCAGUUGUCUUCUCGGUUUUUUCCUCCCCUCUCUCCAACACACGUUCCACCAGGUGGUUGGUGAAGUACUGACUUGUAGGCUCGUAGAUUUUCUUUGCCACCCAUUCCUUGCUCUGUUUAGUGAAUGACAGACUGAAUCUUGGAGUCCCUGUAAACAGAGAACAUUAGUUAUUUAUUAUUACAUUAACAGAAUUGUAAAAAGUAUUAAAGGUCCACUUUUACAAUCUCUCACAAUACCUUGUGA